GUUCCUGACGUCACCGGACGACGCAGGGGGAAGCCGACUCCACGCGACAGGAGUAGAGAAGAUGGCGACGGUUGUAGUGUCAGCGGAGUGAGCGCCCUAGCGUGAUAGAUAAAAUGCUGUGGGCGGGGCCUGUUUCACAGCCUUCCCCAGUUGCCAUGGUGAUCUGAAGCCGGAGUGGGCAGCAGGCACGUGAUGGACCGGUGCAAGCAUGUGGGCAGACUGCGGUUAGCCCAGGACCACUCUAUUCUGAACCCUCAGAAGUGGCACUGCGUAGACUGCAACACCACAGAGUCUGUGUGGGCCUGCCUGAGCUGCUCGCAUGUGGCCUGCGGCCGCUACAUCGAGGAACAUGCGCUCCGUCACUUCUUGGAGAAGCGCCACCCGGUGGCCUUGGAGGUCAAUGAGCUGUAUGUCUUCUGCUACCUGUGUGAUGACUAUGUACUGAACGACAAUGCCACGGGUGACCUUAAGCUACUGCGUGGCACGCUCAAUGCCAUCAAGAGCCAGCGCUAUGAGUGCACGACGCGCAGCGGGCGCACCCUGCGCUCCGCGGCUGCCGCGGGAGACGACGUCCCCCAGGGCGGUGCUCAGGAGCUGCUGCUCAGGGACGAGGACCGCAUGUUCACAGCUCUGUGGCACCGGCGCCGCGCACUUAUGGGCCGGGUGUUCCGCUCGUGGUUUGAGCUGACGGAAGGAGGGCGGCAGCGGGCGGAGGAGGAGCGGCAGCGGGAGGAGGCAGAGGAGCGCAGGCGGGAGGCACAGGACCGGCGACAGGAACUGAAGCGGCGGCGCAUGGAGGUCCUGCGGGGCGCCCCACCCCGGAAGAGCCGGCGCCUCCUCCAGCAGCAGCACAGUCGAAGGUCUGCAGGCAGGGUUGCAGCUCCCAGGGCUGUCUGCUCUGGAACCAUCAAGACGUCAAAGAGCCCCAGAGUGCUUAAAUCCUCACCGAGGAGGGGGAGGGCAACCGCAAAGCCUAUGCCGAUCCCGGCCCAUUCAGGCAAAACCAAAACGAGAAGCAGAGCUGCCAAAGCCCCGCCCUCUGUUCGGUCGGCGAGCCCGCCCCCCAAGGUGGGCGACUCACCCAUCAAGCGGAGGCCCACGGUGACCCCAGGCGUGACUGGGCUGCGUAACCUGGGCAACACCUGCUACAUGAACUCCAUCCUGCAGGUGCUGAGCCACCUGCACAUCUUCCGGGAGUGUUUCCUGCAGCUGGACCUGAACCAUGCGCUGGAGCUCCUGGCCAAUGCCGUCAACGGGCGGCUGGUGGUGCGAGGGGGGGGCGACGGUGCAAAGGGCACCCACCUGUCGCUGGGGCCCACUGAGAUGGCGGCGGUGGCCCCCCGCACGGGUUCGUUGGCGGGUUCGGGACUGAGCGGAGGUGCCUCGCGCUCCCGCAGCAUGGAGCUGAUCCAGCCCAAGGAGCCUAGCUCCAAGCACAUCUCCUUGUGCCACGAGCUGCACACCCUCUUCCAGGUGAUGUGGUCGGGGAAGUGGGCACUGGUGUCGCCCUUCGCCAUGCUGCACUCUGUGUGGCAGCUUAUCCCCGCCUUUCGCGGAUACGCCCAGCAGGACGCCCAGGAGUUCCUGUGCGAGCUGCUGGACAAGGUGCAGCGCGAGCUUGAGAACACGGGCACCUUGACACCCGCCAACGUGCCGGCCAAUCAGAGGCGGCUCAUCAAGCAGGUGCUCAGCGUGGUCAACACCAUCUUCCAUGGCCAGCUGCUCAGCCAGGUGACCUGCCUGUCCUGUGACAACAGGUCCAACACCAUCGAGCCCUUCUGGGACCUGUCGCUCGAGUUCCCCGAGCGCUACCACUGCAACGGCAAGGAGACCAAGGAGUCGGCAGCUCAGUACUCCUGCCACCUGACGGAGAUGCUGGCCAAGUUCACCGAGACCGAAGCUCUGGAAGGAAACAUCUACGCGUGUGAGCUGUGUAACAACAAACGGCGGAAGUUCUCCUCCAAGGCCAUCGUGCUCACGGAAGCCCGGAAGCGACUGAUGGUGCACAAGCUACCUCAGGUGCUGCGGCUGCACUUGAAGCGCUUCAGAUGGUCUGGCCGAAAUCACCGAGAGAAGAUCGGCGUUCAUGUCUGCUUCGACCAGGAACUGAACAUGGAGCAAUACUGCUACCGGGACCCCUCACCCUACCCCCCCAAGCACAAUGAGCACUUCCUGUACGAUCUGUCUGCUGUAGUGAUGCAUCAUGGGAAGGGGUUUGGUUCUGGCCAUUAUACUGCUUAUUGCUACAACACGGAGGGAGGUUUCUGGGUGCAUUGUAACGACUCCAAGCUGAACGUGUGCUCCGUGGAGGAGGUGUGCCGGGCUCAGGCCUACAUCCUCUUCUACACGCAGAGGGUCUCUCAGGACAAAGGCAGGCCUCUGUAGGAGUGGGGAUUCACUCCCCUCUUCCUUGUCGUGCUGCCUCUGGUGAAGGCCCCAUGGGUGGGGUGGGGGUUUGUUAAAUCCUCAUCCCCACCUGCCCACCAUCACUCAGCAGCUGAGCACCAGCAGCCUCUCUGGAAAGAGCCCCCCCCCGACUAUCUCCUGCCAAAGGAGGAGAGCGUCUCCAUGGCAACAUCAGGACUCUUUCCUUGACUUUAUUUUAUUUUAUUUUUUUUACACGAGCUGGGUACUGAAAAUGUUCUGCUCUUUUCAUUUAUCUUUGUGAAUUCUUGUACAUGAUGUUUAUAAGGUUUUGUAUUAAAUUUGUAAACAUUUUUAUUGGUAUAAAUAAUGUACAGUUUUUUUUUUGUCCCCCGUCCCAAAAGACUAGAGUUGUUUGGUAAGCAUUUUUUGUGGAAAUUUGAUAUUGAUGUUUUUACCAUGGUUGAACGUUUUUUAUUUUCUCUGUUGUCAUUAAUGUUGUUGGCUCUAGUAACGAGUACAUGGACAUAUCGAGAUCUUUGCCUUUCAGCCCCACAUCCGUGUUAACUGUGAACAGACUUGCCAUAGGGCUUGGGUUGCAGCUCGGUCCAGGGCGCUCCGUGUGUCAGAGCACUUCAUUUCGAGGGGCACGUGGACCUCUCUCCCUGGCUCCUCAUUUAGGUUAAAUGUGACCUCCCAUGCCUCAUGUUUAAAAGAGUGCAGGUUCCAUUUAAAUACGCCCGCCCUCCUCUCCAAGUUAGAAUGUAUUUGUGAUUAGAAGAAUGAGUUUUGUUUUUAAUCAUUAGAUUAUGUGGUGGAGAGAGAGGGUGAAAUCGCGUUCCUUGGUUCUUCUUCAGGAUGUUGAGUGUGUACGGACCCCCAGCUGAAUUCUCCUGAAUAGUGCACAGCUUCAGGAACACGACUCGUUUACAGCCAUUCUGGCAGGACAACGCCGUCCACUUACAUUUUAUACAAGUAUUUAGUACCGCGGCUGGCGAGGAGAGGUUUCGUCAUCAACAAUCAAGCUGCCUGCCUCCUAAUCGUCCCUCACGAUGGGUAGCUGGCCGGCUCUGAGGUUGGAGGUGCUGAUCUUGCGCUGGACCCUUAUUUUUUAAAGUGCUCUUAAAGUGGUUUUGUUGUAGAGGUGGCAAUAACAGAAGCCUGAAUUGCCAAAAAAAACAAUUUGUUAAUAUUGAAGUUAGAAUUAAGAUUCUGCUGGAGAGGUGAUGCAGAGAGAUGUUCUGUUAAUUACAAAUGUGACAUUUGUGACUUGGGAUUGUUUUUUAGAAAUCAUGUGCUCCUUGUCAGGAGCCGAUAUCAAAACCAGCCUUUGUUGACCAGAUGGGGAUGACACACGUUAUCAGCAGCAGUGACGGUGUACGGGCAGGAGGGUGGGAACAUCACUGUGGGAAGAUGCCAUCCCAGAUGCCACGUCCAUGUGUGAAUACAUAGAAUGUAUUGCUUAAGGAUGAUUUGCCAGCAAGCAAAUGCCCUUCGCUUGUCAAACUGCGUUUCAUUUUUCUUAUGGGAAGAAUCAAAGCACAACAUUGCUGCUUGUCUUUAUCUUUGAGUGUUUUUUUCCCCAGAUGUAAAUUUAUGGCAGUAAUACUAUGCAAAUUGUUACCUCAAUUUUUAGAGAUUUACCUCAAUAAAAUGAGAAUAUUUUUUCAUUUUUUUUUUUAA